ACGUGUCGCCGGAACGUAGGAUCCCUUUUGAAACCGGCUAAACUGUGUAAUAGCUUCCUUCUGUUACGUGAUUUGUUCCGUUGUCCAUCGGCCAGUGUGGUUGGGUAUUAAUUAGAUUAACGUAAGAUAGCUACAUUUAGAGGAAAUAUUCAAAAGAAAAUGUCCGUGUUUCGUGUAUUCACCCGUAACAUGGCCACGGCGGCCAAAAUUAACAACGUUGUGAUCAUCGGCGGGGGCCUUAUGGGCUCCGGAAUCGCUCAGGUCGCAGCAGCAACCGGUCACAACGUAACGAUCGUAGAAAUGAACGAUCAGCUGGUGGGCAAAGCUCUCGGCGGUAUCAAGAAAAGUCUUGAACGUGUCGCAAAGAAGCAGUUCAAAGAUGACGCCGCCAAGGGCCAACAAUACGUCGACGGCACGCUGAGCAAACUGAAGGGCUCGACAAAGCUGGAGGAAGCCGUGGCCAGCACGGACCUUGUCGUGGAAGCCAUCGUCGAGAAAAUGAACAUCAAACACGAACUGUUCAGCAAAAUCGACGCUGCUGCCCCGGCCAGCGCCAUCUUCACCAGCAACACCUCGUCGCUGUCGAUCGCGGAAAUCGGCGCGGUCACCAAGCGGCAGGACCGCUUCGGAGGCUUGCACUUCUUUAACCCGGUCCCGAUGAUGAAGCUGCUGGAGGUCAUUCGCACCGAAAAGACCUCCGAAGAAACGUACCAACAGCUGAUGGAAUUCGGCAAGAAACUCGGCAAAACGUGCAUCACCUGCAAGGACACGCCCGGCUUCGUGGUGAACCGGCUGCUCGUGCCGUACAUGGCCGAGGCGAUCCGUCUGCUCGAGCGAGGCGAUGCCAGCGCGCGGGACAUUGACAUCGCGAUGAAACUUGGCGCCGGCUAUCCUAUGGGGCCAUUCGAACUGAGCGAUUACGUAGGGUUGGACACGACGAACAACAUCAUUCACGGGUGGCACGAAAAGUUCCCGGAGAAUCCGCUGUUCAAUCCACCCAAGAUGCUGGAAAAGCUGGUCUCCGAGGGCAAGCUGGGCGUCAAAAGUGGGGAAGGAUUCUAUUCGUACAAGAAGUAAAGUCGGAAUGGGGGGUUUGAGUAGAGUGAAGCAUUUGUAAAAUCAAUUUAUCUUUUGAAUCUCUAUUCAUUGGUUGAGAGAUUGGCAAAAGACAAAAUAAAUUCCAUUUGCAUGCGAAAUAAAUAUUUUCAACAUUAAUCGUGGCAUCUAAA